CUUUUUAAGCAGGGCAGCCGACAGGUAUAAUUGCCUACCUACAUUGAGUAUCUGGAAGCUUGUGUCGACGUGGGAAAAUUUGUUUGCCCUUGGUUCUUAGUGUCUGUAAACACUGAGACUUGCCAGCAUCUCCCAGUCGUCACCCGUCUCCAGAGUAUUGUUGAAAUGGAUUUCGACGAAGAUGGCGGUCCUCCGGAUCUUGUGGAGACAGGUCUUGAGCUUGCAGACGAGGAGAAACCUGUAAAGGUCCCUAUUACGAUAGUAACUGGAUACCUUGGAGCGGGGAAGACAACGCUCCUCAACUAUAUCUUGACCGCGCAGCACGGGAAGAAGAUAGCUGUAAUCAUGAACGAAUUUGGUGAUUCUCUGGACAUUGAGAAAUCCCUUACGGUCAAUAAGGACGGCGAGUCUGUUGAAGAAUGGAUGGAGGUUGGCAAUGGCUGCAUAUGCUGCACGGUGAAGGACAAUGGAGUAACUGCCAUCGAGUCGUUGAUGGAGAAGAAGGGCAAGUUCGAUUACAUACUGCUCGAGACUACUGGCCUUGCAGACCCUGGCAACCUAGCACCCCUAUUCUGGUUGGAUGACGGGGUUGGGAGUACCAUCUACCUGGAUGGGAUAGUCACACUCGUUGAUGCCAAAAACAUCCUUCGCAGCCUCGACGAUCCGGCCGGGAAGGUAGAAGGCCACGAGCAGAACGAUGAUCAUGGGCCGGUUAUGACAACCGCUCAUGUCCAGAUAUCGCAUGCAGACGUCAUCGUCAUCAACAAAUCCGACCUCGUGAGCGAGGAGGAGCUGCGAGAGGUCCGAGACCGAAUAGAAUCUAUCAACGAGCUCGCCAAGGUCCACGUAACCAACCAGAGCGUUGUCCCUCAGCUGGAAGGUUUCCUUCUGGAUUUAAAUGCUUAUGCCAACAUCCAGGAGCUGGACCAAACUGGCAAGGGCCACAGCCACCUUGAUCCGACCAUCUCGACCGUGUCAAUUCCACUCCCUCCCUUGACUGCUAACCAAGUCGAGAAGGUCGAUGAAUGGCUCAGGGCCGUCUUAUGGGAGAAUGAACUGCCCCCUAAUGAUAGUGGAACCCACAGCUCACCCUUUGAGAUACAUCGCAUGAAAGGCCGACUGGUGAUGAAAGGUGGGGGCCAGAAAAUGGUUCAGGGGGUAAGGGAAGUCUUUGAAAUAAUGGACAGCCCGACUACAAACCCAGAUGAAUGUCCCCCGGUCACCGGCAAGAUAGUCCUCAUUGGACGGCAUCUAAAAGACACUGGUUUCCAAAAUAGUCUUCUCAGGGCAAUUGGGAAUAGUGGCAACUCUUAGCGAUAGAAGGGGGACAUUGUGGAGUUUAAAACUUGAAUUCAGAUGAAUUUGUGUUAUCCAUGCUCUGUGCCUUAUCUCUGGGAGACCAAAUGCGCUGCAACGCUCCC